AUGACCGGCGCCGCCGCCGCCGGUCGCUGCCUCCUCCUCUCCCGCCCGUCCCCUUUCCGGCUCCGCCUCCUCCGGGCCGCCCUCUCCACCGCCGCCCCCACCCUCGGCCCGACCUCCACUCCCGCUCCCCCUCCGCGGCACGAGCUCCUCCUCGAGCGCCUCCGCCUCCGCCACCUCAAGGACGCCUCCUCCCCCGGCGCCCCGAGGCCCGCCUCGAGGGGCGCGGAGCGGAGCUCGCAGCAGGGGAAGAGGAAGAGGGUCGAGGCCGCGGAGAGCUUCGAGGAGCUCGGCCUCGGGGAGGAGGUGAUGGCCGCGCUCGGGGAGAUGGGCAUCUCCAAGCCCACGGAGAUCCAGUGCGUUGGCGUCCCGGCGGUGCUGGCCGGUACCAGCGUCGUGCUCGGCUCCCACACUGGCUCCGGGAAGACGCUCGCCUACUUGCUCCCUCUUGUUCAGCUACUUCGGCGUGAUGAAGCAAUGCUGGGGAUGUCAAUGAAACCAAGGCGUCCAAGAGCAGUAGUUCUCUGCCCCACUAGGGAGCUAACAGAGCAGGUUUAUCGAGUUGCAAAGUCUAUCAGCCAUCAUGCACGUUUUCGGUCAACGAUGAUUAGUGGAGGCACCCGUCUAAGACCCCAGGAAGAUUCUUUGAACAUGCCCGUUGACAUGGUUGUUGGUACUCCUGGAAGGAUUCUUGAUCAUAUCAAGGAUGGUAACAUGGUUUAUGGUGAUAUUAAGUAUCUGGUUCUGGAUGAGGCAGAUACAAUGUUUGAUCAAGGCUUUGGACCAGACAUACGGAAGUUCCUCGCUCCGUUGAAGAAUCGUGCGGCAAAGCCUGGUGAUCAAGGUUUCCAAACAGUAUUAGUCACUGCCACUAUGACAAAGGCUGUGCAAAAGUUGAUUGAUGAGGAAUUUGAAGGUAUUGUCCAUUUGCGGACAUCAUCAUUUCAAAAGAGAGUUUCAACAGCACGGCAUGACUUUAUCAAACUUUCUGGAGCAGAAAACAAACUUGAGGCUCUUCUGCAGGUUCUUGAGCCAAGCUUGGCAAAGGGAAACAAAGUUAUGGUGUUCUGUAAUACUUUAAAUUCAGGUCGUGCAGUGGACCAUUUUCUAACUGAAAAUCAGAUAUCCACUGUUAACUAUCAUGGAGAGGUGCCAGCUGAAGAGAGAGUUGAGAACCUGAACAAGUUCCGUAAUGAAGAGGGGGACUGCCCAACAUUAGUAUGCACUGAUCUGGCAGCUAGAGGCCUGGACCUGGAUGUUGACCAUGUCAUCAUGUUUGACUUCCCAUCGAAUUCGAUUGACUACCUUCACAGAACCGGGAGAACUGCACGCAUGGGAGCCAAAGGGAAAGUUACAAGCAUUGUGGCUAAGAAGGACGUAGCUUUAGCUACACAGAUCGAAGAGGCCAUGAAGAAAAAUGAGAGCUUGGAAGCUCUCACGACCAACAAUGUCAGAAGGGCAACCAGCCCGCAGAGUGUGAUCACCAAAGGGAGGCCCUCAAGGUUAGUUAAGACUUCAAAUGCUCUUAAAGUUGUCAAUCAGAAGGGUAGAAGGGGAAUAACACUAUCUAGCAAGUCAUCCCGGACUCCCAAGGAUACAACUUCAACCCGUAGGCGCUCACCACCGAAGAGCCAGGCGAAGACAACAAAAUCGGCAGCCCCUCGAAAAGCCAAGCCAGUGAAACCUUCUCAGAGCAGCACAAAGGUCUCGAAGAGCAAAGCAAAACCCGAGUCAAAGAGCAAAGCAAAACCCGAGAGGCGAAAAUCAAAGAGUGAUGCUCUGAACAAGCUCGGAACUAAGCUCAGUGUGGUUGGAUUUAGAGGGCGCAGCUCAGGCAAAUCAGCACAAUCUUCAUGA